AUGAUUGCCCCGUACGCAACGGCAAACUUCUGGUGGUGGCCGUACAAGCGCAAGUUCCACUGGCGCUACUACGACGUGGUCCCGGAGAACACGAGCCCGCAGCAGGGCUUCCAGAACACCUUCUCCGUGACGAACCUCGAGGCCACGGCGGCGCGCACCCUUCUCGACAGCGGGCGCUACCUGCCGACGUCCAACAUGAUCGCCGAGGAGAUCUUCUUCGGGCAGUGGUCCAAGCCCAACUUCCGCGAGAAGACGACCAACGCCGCCAUCGAGUCGUGGCCCGUCUACGGCUGGAACUACGACGUGCUCAUCGGCGGCCUGUACCCUGACCAGCGCCCGCUGUGGGAGCUCGGCGUCCAGGGGUACACGCUCGAGCUGGCGUUCCCCAUCACGCAGGCCAACGCGAUGCUGAAGCGCGUGCGGCAGCUUUUCGACGACGAGCUCAAGAAGCUCAUCUUCAUGACGGCGACCUACCGCAGCGGCAUUAACAUCAAGUUUGGCCGGCCCUUCGAGGGGUUCCUGAGUCAGGUUGCGACCAACACUAGCGAUGGCGCGGAUUGGAGCAAGGGCGCCAUCAUGUUUGAUUUCCCCACGUUUAGGCCUACUGUCGGCGAUGGAAGCCGGUUCAAUGAGCCGUUUUAUCAUAACCUUGCCAAGGUUCUCAUCGAUGAGUUCCCGUGCCGUCCGCACUGGACGAAGAAUACCAGAGAAGUCUUUGCGCAGUCGAAGAAGAAUCUGGACCCCGAUCAUAUUGCCCGCUUCAAGGCCGUGAGGGAGAAGUUCGACCCCAACGGCGUCUUCAGGAGCGUGGUUGGCGAGGCUAUCGGUUUAUAUUAG